AAAUCAUUUAGCGGUUAUAAGCCCCACCUGAAUAGAACGUCCUUCAAACUGACGACACGAAAAACUUAGGACGCAACAAUGCAUAUAGAUUUUAAUAAACUUACUCCAGAAAACUGGAUGUAUGGUAUGCGAUGGAGGGAAGUUUCCUACCACAAAGGGAUGCAGGUUAUAUGGACCUGUACCUUUUUAGGCCUUGGUCUAGCAACUUGGUACCUCCAAAGACUCGGCAGAAAAGCACCCGAUGUCACGUGGAGACACACAAGCAACCCCCAGCCUUUUGAGAAAAUGCCUCAGAAUAUACAGUACAAAUUUUACAGUCCAACUAUUGACUACAAGAGCCGGGGAAUGUACCCAGAUCCAGCCAGACCCGAUAUUGAUCUCCGCCCACCAGUCAAAUCCUAAAUGUCUGUCUGUCUGUGGUUCAACAUCAAAUACAGAGAUUAUCUGAGAAAAAUUGUAGACUUUGUUUUAUGAUUUUUGGUCACCAUCAGCUAAGAUCAAAAAGAA